UCUCAGUUCGACUCUUCAGGUGGAAGCCACAAAACGAACGCGAACUCGAGCGGCGAAGAAGAAGAGAGAGAGAGAUAAGGCGGCGGCAGCGAGAUGGCGGUGACGAUCCAGUCCGUGAAGGCGAGGCAGAUCUUCGACAGCCGCGGGAACCCCACGGUGGAGGUGGACGUGGGACUCAGCGAUGGCAGCUUCGCGAGGGGCGCCGUGCCGAGCGGUGCUUCCACCGGAAUAUAUGAGGCCUUGGAGUUAAGAGAUGGAGGAUCCGACUAUCUUGGCAAAGGUGUACUCAAGGCUGUGAGCAAUGUAAACACUAUUAUUGGGCCAGCACUCAUCGGAAAGGAUCCCACUGAGCAAGUUGACAUUGAUAACUUCAUGGUUCAACAGCUUGAUGGAACCUCCAACAACUGGGGCUGGUGCAAACAAAAGCUUGGAGCAAAUGCUAUUCUUGCUGUUUCACUUGCUGUGUGCAAAGCAGGAGCCAUGGUGAAGAAGAUUCCCCUUUACCAGCACAUUGCAAAUCUUGCUGGAAACAAGACUCUCGUGCUGCCUGUACCCGCUUUCAAUGUGAUCAAUGGAGGAUCCCAUGCUGGAAACAAACUUGCCAUGCAGGAGUUCAUGAUCCUCCCUACUGGUGCAUCCUCUUUCAAGGAGGCCAUGAAGAUGGGAGUUGAGGUGUACCACCACUUGAAGAGUAUAAUCAAGAAAAAGUAUGGCCAAGAUGCCACAAAUGUGGGGGAUGAAGGUGGCUUUGCUCCUAACAUUCAGGAAAACAAAGAGGGCCUCGAACUGUUGAAGGCCGCAAUAGCUAAGGCUGGCUACACAGGCAAAGUGGUCAUAGGAAUGGAUGUUGCAGCUUCUGAAUUUUACAGUGAAAAGGACAAGACUUACGAUCUUAACUUCAAGGAGGAUAACAACGACGGUUCACACAAAAUUUCAGGUGACAGCCUGAAAGAUGUGUACAAGUCCUUUGUUUCUGAGUACCCUAUUGUGUCGAUCGAAGAUCCAUUCGAUCAGGAUGACUGGGCUACCUAUGCCAAGCUUACUGAUGAGAUUGGACAGCAAGUGCAGAUUGUUGGGGAUGACCUUCUUGUUACUAAUCCCACAAGGGUUGCCAAGGCAAUUAGUGAAAAGACUUGCAAUGCUCUUCUCUUGAAGGUGAAUCAAAUAGGCUCAGUUACUGAGAGCAUUGAGGCUGUUAGAAUGUCCAAGCGUGCUGGAUGGGGAGUGAUGGCAAGCCAUAGGAGUGGUGAGACAGAGGAUACCUUCAUUGCUGACCUCUCAGUUGGUCUGUCUACGGGUCAAAUUAAGACAGGAGCUCCCUGUCGGUCAGAGCGUCUGGCUAAAUACAACCAGCUGCUCAGGAUAGAAGAAGAGCUGGGCGAUGCUGCAGUUUACGCUGGAGAAAAAUUCAGAGCCCCUGUGGAGCCGUACUAAACCUUGGCACCUUGCGGUGAUCUUGUGCCUAUGGACCAUGGUGCCAUCAAUCUACUACUGCGUUUUUACACGAGUCUACAAGGGCAAUAAAAUUAGUACUUCUUGACAGUCCCAGAAAUUGCUUAGUUACCCUCGCUUUUUCGUUAAUGGCCAGAUUGUUUGCUUACUACUGUGUUGACACACUUGAGCACCAAUAUGUAAGAUCAAUAAAAGAGCAAAUCGCUUGAUUUUUCAUCAUAAAGUAUUUUUUUCCCCACUCAA